GCUGCGCUGUGGCAGGUCGCCUGCGAGCAGCUCUCCCCGGACUACCCGGCUGCCUGGGCAGAUCUCAUAUUUUGGAUUCUGGCUGUAUUAUAAUGAAUGACAUGCUGCCAUCAGAUGUCAUUGGUCGAAGAGUUGCAGUUAAUGGAGAACGUGCAACAGUGCGGUUUUAUGGCACUGUCCCUCCUGUGGCAGGACUCUGGUUAGGAGUGGAAUGGGACAAUCCCGAGAGAGGCAAGCAUGAUGGAAGGCACGAAGGGACUGUGUAUUUUAAAUGCAGCCACCCCACAGGAGGAUCCUUCAUUCGUCCGAGCAAAGUCAGCUUUGGAGUGGACUUUCUCACUGCACUGAGGAAUCGCUACGAAGAUGGACCAGAGGAAUGUGGAAAAAAGGAAAUUGUCACAAUUGGAAAAAAACCUGUGGAAACUAUUGGUUUUGACUCUGUUAUAAAGAAGCAGAGCCAGCUGAGUGAGCUGAGGAACAUCUCUCUGAGGAACUGCGCAGUGAGUUGUGCUGGUGACAAAGGAAGCAUUGCCACAGCGUGCCCUAAUAUUAGAGUCUUAAAUUUGUCACAAAACCUGCUGUCAGCAUGGGAAGAAGUCACAGAUAUUGCUGAUCAGCUCAGACACCUGGAAGUCCUUGAUCUCAGCGAAAAUAAACUCGGCUUCGCCCCCGGCCCGUCUGCACCCAGAACGUUCGCGGCGCUGAAGGUCUUAGUCCUCAACGGGACGGGAGUCACGUGGGCCGAGGUGCUCCGGUGUGCUGCUGGGUGGCCGGUCCUCGAGGAGCUGUACCUUAAGUCCAACAAUAUUACCAUUUCAGAAAGGCCGGCUGACGUUCUACAGAUGGUCAAGUUAUUAGACCUUUCCUCUAAUCAGUUGAUUGAUGAAAAUCAGCUUUUUCUAAUAGCGUACCUGCCCAGAUUAGAACAACUAAUCCUUCGUGACAUUGGGAUUUCUUCUCUACAUUUCCCGAAUGCUGGGAUUGGGUGCAAAACGUCCAUGUUUCCCUUCUUGCAAAACCUUAUAGUCGAUGACAAUCAGAUAUCGCAAUGGUCAUUUAUGAACGAACUGGACAAGUUACAGAGUCUGCGCUCCUUGUCCUGCCUAAGAAACCCCCUGACCGUGGGAAGCGGAGCGAAGACCAACCUCCAGUUCAUCAUCGCCAAGAUCGGGCAGCUGCAGACCCUGAACAGAUGCGAGAUCCUGCCGGAGGAGCGGCGCGGGGCCGAGCUGGAUUACCGGAAAGCGUUCGGAAAUGAAUGGAAAGAGGCGGGUGGGCAUCAGGAUCCCCACAAAAAUAGGCCAAACGAGGAGUUCCUGGCAGCGCACCCCAGAUACCAGUUUCUCUGCCAAAAAUAUGGUGCACCUGAAGAUGGGGAACUCAAAACACAGCAACCAUUUUUGCUCAAAAACCAGCUACUAACACUGAAGAUAAAAUGUCCUAACCAUUCUGAUCAGAAAGUCCUGGAGAAACAGCUGCCAGACUCCAUGACGGUCCAGAAGGUGAAAGGCCUGCUGUCGCGUCUUCUCAGAGUGCCCGUGUCAGACCUUCUGCUGUCCUACGAGAGCCCCAAGAUGCCGGGCAGAGAGAUUGAACUAGAAAAUGACCAACAGUCAUUACAGUUUUAUUCUGUGGAAAAUGGAGACUGUUUGCUAGUGCGAUGGUGACAGCCAACUAAUAAAACUCAGAGACCAGACUGCUUGUUGUGACUCACCGGAGAGAAAUGAUUUAUUACAACAAUCCUAUUCUCAAAACAAGAAAGGUUUUAUA